GAAGGUUGGGAAUGAGGCCGCACACGUAUUUCUGUCAGGUCGAGGCGUUCCGAAAUUGAAAUAUUUCAGUCCGAAAGUUACUAGUACACUUACAUCUUUAUCCUGGUCAUCCUCACGACUGACUCAAAAGUAUGGACACGACUAGUACACAGCCUCAAGGCGGGCCGUUUUUCUGGCUGCUUCUAAGCGGCGAAGCGGAGCAGUAUGUGCGUGCGAUGGGCGAGAGAGAUGAUAGUACAACGAGCAACGAGGGAAGCGGCGCAGCAGAGUGGCGUCAGGACCCCGCGGACGGUCGUUUCUACACUCUCGCCGAGACCAUUGCAUUCUACCGAGACCAACUGGCGGACCUGACGGAAGCGAAUGAAGCAGCC